UUCAGAUGUUUGCUUCUGAAAAAGGUUGGGAGAUCGAUGAAACUUAAUAUCUUGAUAAUUUAAUAAGCGGAAAUCUUUUAAAAACUUCAGAGAAAAGAAAAUUGAUUAUUACCAGUCAUAGAGUUAGAACAUUAUCAUAACCAAAAAUAGCCACUCCUAGUUUAUAAUCCUGUAGAAAGCAUUUAGUUUCAAGAUCAUAAAUUUAAACUGCAAAAUAGAACUUAUAAUUUAAUUUUGCAAUUUUGGAUGAUAUUCUUUAAAGAAAAAGAUCAAAUCAUCUUUCCCAUUUAUCAAAAUUAUCUUUUCCUCCAAUUAAACAAAACAUAUAGAUGUAAUAACAAUCCUUUAGAAAUCAAAAUUCAAAGUAUAACAUAAUCAAUUUGAGUAAUUUUUUAAUGAAUUCUCCAUAAACAAUCUAGAGAUAAUAAAUAUAAUUAAAUAAAGUACUUGGUAGAGUAUAUAAAUGA